AUGGCGUCGUACCAGGUUCAACCGUCAGAAAAUUUCACCUUCACGAAACCUGAAGAGUGGCCGAAAUGGGUUAAACGGUUUGAGAGGUUUAGAGUUGUUUCAGGCCUAAGCAAGAAAGAUGAGGCAAUUCAGGUGAACACACUUAUAUACGCCAUGGGUAAUGAGGCCGAGGACAUUUUCAAUUCAUUUGGAUUAAAUGAGGAUGACGCCAAGAAAUAUGAAACGGUUAGUGACAAAUUUCAAGCACACUUCGUUUCACGUCGAAAUGUUAUUUUUGAAAGAGCCAAAUUUAACCAAAGAAAACAACAAGAAGGGGAGUCCGCAGACAGUUUUAUAACUGCACUUUAUACCCUAGUUGAACACUGUGAGUAUGGACAAUUGAAAGAUGAAAUGAUCCGAGAUAGAAUAGUUGUUGGCAUAAGAGACAGCAAAUUAUCAGAAAAACUUCAACUGAAUCCAGAUCUAAAGCUUGAAGAUGCCAUAAACCAAGCUCGUCAGAGAGGAGCUGUUCAAAAACAACAAGCUAUCGUUUGCAAUGAACUGAGUUCUUCGUCAGGAGGAGCAUCAAGUGUAGAUGCCGUCAGCAAUUUCAAGAAACAUGGACAAAGAAAGAAACACUCCUUUCAAUCGGGAAAAUCCAACAAAAAAGGGUUCACAAAACCAGCUAGUGGACACAAUAAUAAGGGUGCUAAACCAGUAUCCUGCCACAGAUGCGGAAAUUCGCAAGCUCACAGCAGAGAGGAAUAUCCCGCCAAAAAUCAGAAAUGCAACAAAUGCCAUAAAAUUGGACACUUUGCUCGAAAAUGUCAGAGCCUACACGAAAUUGCUAUUGAAUCAGAUGAAGAAUUCUUAGGGGCAAUACACGAAAAUGCAAAUUCCAGUGAAUGUAAACCAUGGCUGACAACUAUUGAAAUUAAUGGACAUGCAGUUGAAUUCAAAAUCAACACUGCUAUUCCGGAGAAAACUUUCAAGACAUUAAAUGUGAACAACCUUCAGUCAUCACAGAAAAUUCUGAAAGGUCCUGGCAGAAACACUUUAAACGUAAUUGGAAAGUUUCGUUGUGAAUUAUUUCAGGAAAACCGCAAAACUUAUCAAGACUUGUAUGUUAUUCGAGGCCUCAACAAACAACUUCUUGGGAGACCAGCUAUUAAGAAACUAGAAAUAGUCAAACAGAUUGCAAGUUUGCAGCUGCACUCUGAUUACAAGCAAAAAUUUCCUUCACUCUUUCAAGGACUUGGAAGAUUACAGGGGGAGUACGAGAUAAAGAUGAGAGAGGACGAGCAACCGUACGCAGUCACCGCACCAAGGAGAGUGGCCUUACCCUACCUUGAGAAAGUCAAAGCUGAGCUAAGUAGGAUGGAGAGCUCAGGAGUUAUCUCAUCUGUAGAUGAGCCUACGGACUGGUGCUCAGGUCUCAUGGUGAUCCCAAAGAAAAACAACUGUGUUAGACUUUGUAUUGACCUGACACAACUCAACAAACUACCUUUUGGUAUCUCAUCAGCCCCAGAGUACUUCCAGAAAAGGAUGCAGAUGAUUCUAGCUGGGUUUGAGGGAGUCUUAUGUCAGAUGGACGACAUACUUGUGUUUGGAGCCACCCAAGAGGAACAUGAUGGCAGGCUAGAAAACGUGUUGAGAAAGCUGUGUGAAGCAGGCAUAACUCUUAACAGUGCAAAGUGUGAGUUCUCAAAGGACCAAAUCACCUUUGGACCUCCACAGGAGCAAGCUUUCAGCAAGAUUAAAGAAGAACUGAGUAAUGAGACAGUUCUCGCUCUGUAUGAUCCAAAAGCUCCAACAAAAGUGUCGGCAGAUGCGUCGUCAUAUGGAUUAGGAGCCGUACUUCUCUAA